ACCUUUACCCUAAAAAGGCGUGGUUUCUAGUCUUGCUUAUUUUAUUUCAGAGGCCCUAGCUAGCUCUAGCUCUCUCGACUCAUCUGAUCUGCUCAUUCUCUUUUACUGUGCUUUUAACAGCUUACUGGUUCAGUAUGUCUGAUCGUAAAGCUGUCAACAAGUACUACCCUCCAGAAUGGACCCCAGACAAGGGCUCCAUCAACAAGUUCCGAGGGUCCCACCCUCUCAGGGACAGAGCCAGGAAACUGGACCAAGGAAUCAUGAUAAUCAGGUUUGAGCUCCCUUUCAACGUGUGGUGUGGUGGGUGUGGGGAGCACCUGGGUAUGGGGGUGCGGUUCAACGCUGAGAAGACACAAGUGGGCAAGUACUACAGCACACCCAUCUUCAAGUUCAGAAUGAAGUGCCAUCUCUGUCAAAGCCACUUUGAAAUACAGACCGACCCUCAGAACUUCGACUAUGUGGUGGUGAAAGGUGCCUCAAGGAAGAAUGAACGAUGGGAGCACACUGAAGGGGAGACAAUGGCGAUAGAGGGCAAGUUAGAGACGGAGAAGUUGGCCUCUGAUCCAAUGUACCGCCUGGAACACAAUGUCGAGGAUAAGAAGAAAUCAGACGACGCAGCUCCUAGGAUUUCCAAAAUUAUGGAGAUGCAUGAAGACAGACUGGAUGAUUUCACACUCAACCAACAGCUGAGAAAGACAUUCAGAACAGAGAAGCAUCGAUUGAAAGAAAAAGCUUUGGAAGAGGAGAAACUUCAAAUAAAGGCCUCAAUCUCAGUACCCCUUGUGGAGGAGCAUAGUGACGAUGUACAGCUGGCACAGAAGACAGCAUUCACAGCCAAAUCAUCAGUAGGAGACAAAAAGAGAAAAAGACUCGAAAUACGUACGCAAUCAGUUUUCAGUGGUUCCAGCUCCUCCAAGAAAGUAAAUAAAACUGGAUCUACGAGCUCCUCACAAGCUAAGAUGGCACUGCUCAAGGCCUGUACUUCAGGCAGCAAGAGGAGUGGUGGUGGUGGUGGUGGUGGUGGUGGAGGAGGUGUGAGGGGUCUCAGGAACUCUUUAGGAAUUAGACCAAGAACACAAACUUUGUGACAGUGUGUGUGUGUGUGUGUUAUGUAUUCCUGUUACAAUAUUAUUGUUCUCAGUAUAAUUAUAUAAAAAUUUACGUGUACAUUAUACUUACCUAUUCAAUCCACGAUUUUU